AUGCCGCUUGUCGUGCCCGGAAUCACCAGCCAGCCCGGCAGCAAGACUGAAGAAUGGCAAAACAAGCUCGUCGGCAAGAAACUAUCCGACACCGAGCACACCGAGACGCUCUUCUGCAAGAAAGACCUCCCGCAGGAGCACCGUGUCAUCGGCCCCGGCGAAGGCGUCACCAUGGACUUCAAAGAGAACCGGCUCAACGUCCACCUGGACGAUAAGGGUACCGUCUCCCACGUCACCCACGGUACGUCGUAUGCCACCCCGCCAUCCAUAACAUCCUCCAAGCUCAACGCCGGAUUCAAGAAGAGCUCAAGAACAAACCCCCGAGAUGUUCAAAAAGGAGUACGCCGUGCCCAGACCACACAAAACCCGGUCCACCAAACUGACAAGCGCAGCAUCACCCCCUCGCCCAAGCAGAAGCUCAAGUCGUCGGUGCAGCGGUCCCUCCGCCAGUCGCUGCUCACGACGUACCCCCUGCUGACGCCGCACAUUGACGAGAUCCUGCCCAAGAAGGCGUCGCUGGCGAGCAUGAAGCUGCCCGACCGCAACACGCUGUACGUGCUGGACUCGGAGCCGCUCUUCUACCAGCAGGACAACACGGCCGCCAUCAUGCCGCACCUGAAGCUCGUGCACCGCUUCCCGCAGGGCUUCCCGACGAUCCGCAUCGACAGGGGCGCCAUCCGCUUCGUGCUCAUGGGCGCGACGCUCAUGGCCCCCGGGCUGACGUCCAAGGGGGGGAGGCUGCCCGUCGAGGGGGCCGCCGCGCAGCUCGAGGAGGGCAAGGAGAUGGACCAGGGGGCCGACGCCGACGGCCGCUGGAGCAGGGAGCUGCACAAGGGCGAGCCCGUCGUCAUCAUGGCCGAGGGCAAGGAGGCGGCGUGCGCCGUGGGCACGCUCGUCUGCGGAACGGACGAGGUCAAGGCCAAGGGCAAGGGGCCCGUGGUCGAAGACGCGCAUUACCUGGGCGACGGGCUGUGGAAGUUGGCUACCGAUUGA